GCACACGCCCUCCUUGUCCGGUAUAACCAGAACGUGCAAAUAGCACUCAGGUUAGCACUAUGCCUCAGAACGAAUAUAUCGAGGAGCACAUCAAACGGCACGGACGGCGGUUAGAUUACUAUGAACGCAAACGCAAGAAGGAGGCUCGUGCUGUACAUCGUGCAUCUGCAACCGCACAAAAAGCAUUCGGUCUGAAAGCCAAGCUGCUACACGCCAAGCGCCAUGCAGAGAAAGUUCAACUUAAAAAAACCCUCAAGGCUCAUGACGAGCGGAAUGUCAAACAAGCCGACUCAUCAACUGUGCCAGAGGGUGCUUUGCCCACAUAUCUACUUGAUCGAGAGGGCCAAAAAGAUGCAAAGGCUCUAUCAUCUGCGAUCAAACAAAAACGGAAGGAUAAGGCAGCGAAAUACGCUGUACCGUUACCCAAAGUGCGGGGCAUAGCUGAGGAUGAAAUGUUCAAGGUGAUGCGGACAGGGAAAAGUAAAAGCAAAGCUUGGAAGCGGAUGGUCACUAAAGCUACUUUUGUUGGAGAGGGAUUUACGAGAAAACCCGUGAAGAUGGAGAGGUUCAUUCGUCCUAUGGCGCUACGGUACAAGAAAGCCAAUGUCACACAUCCCGACCUGAAGGCGACUUUUCAACUACAAAUCCUUGGCGUAAAGAAAAACCCACAAUCGCCGAUGUAUACUCAACUUGGCGUCUUAACAAAAGGAACAGUCAUAGAAGUCAAUGUAUCGGAACUAGGUAUGGUUACGACUGGUGGGAAGGUUGUCUUUGGAAAAUAUGCCCAAGUCACCAACAAUCCUGAAAAUGAUGGUUGCAUCAAUGCCGUUCUCCUCGUUUGAGCUGGACCCCUGCAAUAUUUCUUUGUAUCUCUAGUUUGAUGCAUUAUAUUCAUGUUUUUCUCUGAUGGACGGUCUUACCAUGGCUGAGCGCAAGAGUCUGGAUUUAUCCUUAAGUUUUCAAUGGACUGAAAGGGUGGUUGAGAUGAUUGAUAGUUACGUUGGGGUGACUGCUCGAUUCUGUAGAGCUUGAUUGUGUCAUGAUCAUAUCUAGAAUGCUGAGGCCUGAGGACCUGCUAACUCACUUUGCGCGCUAAAUGAUAA